AUGCAGUUUUCAAAAAUCAUUGCUCGUUCUGUUUUGACAUCUGUUGCCUUAGCUGAAUUCCAUAAUGGUACUGUUACUACUGAAGUAACUGCCACUGGUUACACUACUUAUUGUCCUUAUCCUACCACUAUUACUUUGACUAUUUGUGAAGAAGAUAACAUUUGCACAAAGAGACCAAUUGUUGUAAGUGAACCAACAACAAUUACCGUAACUGAACCAUGUAUUAUUUCUACCUCCUACGAGACUACCGAACUCGUUGCCACUACUACUUUACCAAACAGUGUUGCCCCAUCUAGUGUUGCUCCAGCCAAUGUCACAUCAUUUGAAGGUGCUGGUUCCAAAAACGUUGCUGGUGCUUUGGUUGGUGUUGUUGCUAUUGCUGCUGCCUUGAUGUAA